GCGGUCCAACCCCAGCCCCCUUCAAUAUAAAAUCCAAAAAGAACAGGUAGAACCACCUCUCUCUCUCUCUCUCUCUCUCUCUCUGUCUUCUUCGUCUGAUUCCCCGCAACAAACUUUGGAUCAAGAGAAGAUCAAACAACAAGAACAACGACAUCACUUCAGAGAUCAAACACAAAGAUCGACCGACAUGGUUGAAACCAGGCGAAGCUCAUCUUCCCCCAAACGCCCUCUCUCUUCUCCUUCCUCCUCCUCCUCCUCCUCUCUCCCCAACGCCAAACGAUCAAAGGUGGCGGAGGCCUCGUCUCCCUGUGCGACACCUCCCGAAACCCUAGCUCCGGCGAAGGAAUCCGGAUGUGAAUCUCGAGGCCAGGAGGCGAGAUCUUCUGAUCCGCCUCGUACUGGUAAUUCAGAUGGGUUCGAUGCGACUGUGCCUGAAAAAUCCCCAGAUGUUCAAGUGGAAGGCGAGCCUUUAGGUGAUUCGGCCAUGGAUGCAGAGAAAGUAAAGUCGGUUGCUUUAGCGCUUAAUCGGGCAAAGAAACGGCAACUGAAGCAAAAUGUCAAGGUCGCAUGGGGAAAGCUCCUCUCUCAGUACUCUGAGAAUCGUCACGUUGUUAUGAAUGGUCCUAUUUUUACUGUUGGUCAAGGCCGUCAAUGCAACUUGUGGAUCAGAGAUCCAUCCAUUAGUAAAACUCUGUGUAAUCUGAGGCCCACAGAACCACAGCGGGGAGGUUCUCCUGGCACCUUACUUGAGAUUAUUGGCGGAAAAGGAGCUGUCCAAGUAAAUGGAAAAGUUUACCCUAAAAAUUCUACUAUACCUCUGAAUGGUGGUGAUGAAGUGGUUUUUAGUUCAUCUUCUAGACAUGCUUAUAUUUUCCAGCAACUUGUAAAUGAUGACUUAGCUGCUUCUGGCAUGCCACCUCCGUUAAGCAUACUAGAAGCCCAUGGUGCUCCAAUAAAGGGAUUACACCUUGAGACAAGAUCAGGAGAUGCUUCAGUGGCAUCAAUUUUAGAAUCUUUGUCAAGUCUCCGAAAAGAGUUGUCACUUCCUCCACCUUCUCAAGAUGACGUGGAUGUGCAACAAGGUUCGGAAAUGCCUAUGCUGCCCUCUGCUUGUGAAGUAUCUGAUAACCGUAUUCUGGGUGCUGAAAUGAAGGAUACUUCUGAUCAUGAUGAUGGGGCUGGUGUUUCGUCAAGUUUGAAAGCUGUUGUUCCAUCUCCUGAUGCUGCUAUUGAAAACCCAAAUCUUGAUAGCAUUGGUUUGGAUGCUUCUGGGGAUGCAGAUAUUGGAAAGGUCUCUGGGGAAGCUCAUGAAUGGAGACCACUCCUAAAGAUGCUUGCAGGAUUACCUACUUCUGAAUUUGAUUUAAGUUUUAGCAUUUCUAAAAUUCUUGGUGAACGAAGGGAAAUCAGAGAACUUCUCAAGGAUUUUGACACUCCAAUUUUGGAAUCAACUAGGCGCCAAGCGUUUAAAGAUGGGUUACAAGAAGGAAUUCUUAGUGCCAACAACAUUGAAGUUUCGUUUGAAAACUUCCCAUAUUAUUUAAGUGAGACCACAAAGAAUGUUUUGAUUGCAUCCACCUAUUUACAUUUGAAGUGUAAUAAAUUUGCGAAGUACACCUCAGAUCUCCCUACGGUGUGUCCAAAAAUAUUAUUAUCUGGUUCUGCAGGUUCGGAAAUAUAUCAGGAAACACUGACAAAGGCACUUGCCAAACAUUUUGGUGCUAGACUGCUACUAGUUGAUUCUCUUCUACUGCCUGGUGGAUCAAUUCCAAAGGAUUUUGGUUUUGUGAAAGAGAGUAUAAGGCCUGAAAGGGCAAGCGUGUUUGCGAAACGGGCUGGACAGGCAGCUUCAAUACAGCUCAGGAAACCAGCUUCAAGUGUUGAGGCAAAUAUAACUGGUGGGUCUUCCAUAAGUUCUCAGGCACAGCCUAAGCAGGAGGCAUCUACUGCGUCGUCAAAGACCUACAAUUUCAAGAAAGGUGAUAGAGUAAAAUUUGUGGGUUCCUUGCCAUCUGGAUUUUCUCCUCUACAAGCUCCUUCAAGGGGCCCAACAUAUGGUUAUAGAGGCAAAGUAGUUCUUGCAUUUGAGGAAAAUGGGUCUUCCAAAAUUGGUGUUAGAUUUGAUAAAUCAAUUCCAGAAGGCAAUAAUCUUGGUGGCUUUUGCGAUGAAGACCAUGGAUUCUUUUGUACUGCUGACGUACUUCGCCUAGAUAGUUCUGGGACUGAUGAGGUUGACAAGCUUGCCAUAAACGAACUCUUUGAGGUUGUCUCGAAUGAGAGUAAAAAUGGUUCGUUAAUAAUAUUUCUAAAGGACACAGAGAAAUCAGUGGUGGGGAAUCCCGAGACAUAUGCAGCCUUCAAGAGUAAGCUGGAAUGUUUACCGGAAAAUGUAGUCGUCAUUGCUUCCCAUACCCAGAUGGACAAUCGCAAGGAGAAGUCCCACCCUGGUGGUCUUCUGUUUACAAAGUUCGGGAGCAAUCAAACAGCACUACUAGACCUUGCCUUCCCGGAUAACUUCGGUAGACUACAUGAUAGAAACAAAGAAAUACCUAAAACAAUGAAGCAACUCACCCGUCUUUUCCCCAACAAGGUGACUAUUCAGGUGCCUCAGGAUGAAAAUCUACUUUCAGACUGGAAACAACAGUUGGAUCGUGAUAUGGAGAUUUUAAAAUCACAGUCUAACAUCGUUAAUGUUCAUUCAGUUUUAAACAGGAGUGGCCUGGAGUGUCCUGACCUUGAAACACUGUACGUAAAGGAUCAGGUCCUGACAAGUGAAAGUGCGGAGAAAAUUGUUGGCUGGGCUUUGAGUCAUCACUUUAUGCACUGUGCUGAAGCAUCAGCUAAAGGUGCCAAGCUCACAGUUUCCAGUGAAAGUAUUAGGUAUGGGCUCAACAUUCUACAAGGAAUUGAAAAUGAAACCCAGAAUUUGAAGAAACCACUCAAGAUUUUUCAGGAUGUGGUUACUGAGAAUGAAUUUGAGAAGAAGCUUCUUGCUGAUGUUAUUCCGCCAAGUGACAUUGGGGUUACUUUCGAUGACAUUGGAGCCCUAGAGAAUGUUAAGGAUACAUUGAAGGAAUUGGUUAUGCUACCUCUUCAGAGGCCUGAAUUAUUUUGUAAAGGACAGCUGACAAAGCCUUGCAAGGGAAUACUGCUUUUUGGACCACCGGGUACUGGUAAAACAAUGCUUGCAAAAGCAGUUGCAACUGAGGCUGGUGCGAACUUCAUCAACAUAUCAAUGUCGAGCAUUACUUCAAAGUGGUUUGGAGAAGGAGAGAAAUAUGUCAAAGCAGUGUUCACGCUGGCUAGUAAAAUUGCUCCUUGUGUUAUUUUUGUUGACGAGGUUGACAGCAUGCUGGGAAGACGUGAAAAACCUGGAGAACAUGAAGCAAUGCGCAAAAUGAAGAACGAGUUCAUGGUGAACUGGGAUGGUUUGCGUACGAAGGAUAAGGAACGUGUACUGGUACUUGCUGCCACCAAUAGGCCUUUUGACCUUGAUGAGGCUGUCAUUAGGAGACUGCCCCGUAGAUUGAUGGUAAAUUUGCCAGAUUCCACAAACAGAGAGAAAAUUUUGAGAGUUGUAUUGGCCAAAGAAGAAUUGGCACCUGAUGUUGAUCUUGAAGCAGUUGCUAAUAUGACUGAUGGAUAUUCAGGAAGUGACUUAAAGAAUCUUUGUGUGACAGCAGCGCAUUGUCCCAUAAGAGAAAUUUUGGAGAAGGAAAAGAAGGAGAAAUCUUUAGCAUUGGCGGAGAACAGACCAUUACCUGCAUUGCAUAGCAGUGCUGACGUUCGCCCUCUAAGCAUGGAGGAUUUUAAAUAUGCACAUGAACAGGUAUGUGCAAGUGUGUCAUCGGAGUCAGCAAAUAUGAGUGAGCUCCUCCAGUGGAAUGAUCUAUAUGGAGAAGGUGGAUCAAGGAAGAAGAAAUCCCUCAGCUACUUCAUGUAGACAAGGUACUUAAGUGUAUAGAAUUCCUUUUUUAGUUUAUGGUUUUUUUCACAAGCAAAGCAUCUAGGUAAGGUAAUCUUAGGUAACUGUAUUAAUGGAAAUUUUAUCGCAGUUUCCCCCAACCCAAAAAUCCCUUUCCCCCAUUCAGGCCCUCAUCAUUCAGGCCCUCAUGUAUCAUAUUUAGUUUAUGGAUAUUUUUCCGCAUCCAUUGCAAAUUUUACAAUAUUUCUUAGGCUUGUUAUAUAUCUUUUUAUUUUUAUUUAUUUUUUGUGCUUCUCAAGGUCCCAUUUUGUCUGUAUAUACAAUUUGAUUAAUUGAAUAAGUUAUGUUUGUUUUCUUCUUGAAA